AUGGAUCGACAGUCGGUGUAUUCCGCGCACGUUUUCGAGCCGAGCAUCGGCGAAAACGGUGACACCCGACUCCAAUUGCAGCAGCAGCUCGAGACUUUCAUUCUUGAUUUUCGCCUCGACAAUAACUUUGUCUAUCGCGAUCAGUUGCGCGAGAACGCACUUCUGAAAAGGUUCUACUGCGAUGUCAACAUCAGCGAUCUCAUCAACUUCAACGAGGAGCUUGCUCACAAGCUCGCUUCCGAACCCGCCGACAUCAUACCCCUUUUCGAAGCGGCGUUGAAAAAAUGCACCCAUCGAAUUGUUUUCCCUCACGAGAAAAAAGUCGACCUGCCGGACCACCAGCUUCUGCUGCAUUCAGAUGCCCAAGACGUAUCUAUCCGCAACCUCGACUCCAUGACCAUCGCCCGACUUGUUCGAGUCCCUGGAAUCGUAAUCGGUGCUUCAGUCAUGUCAUCCAAAGCCACGCAACUUUAUAUUCAGUGCCGCAAUUGCCAGUUCCAGUCCGUCAUUCCUGUGCUGGGCGGCUUCACCGGCGUAUCUCUACCGAGACAGUGCGGCCGCGAGCGAGUUCCCAACGACCCGACCCCAAAGUGCCCCUUGGAUCCUUACUUUGUCAUGCACGAAAAGUCUCAGUUUGUCGACCAGCAAAUCAUCAAGCUUCAGGAAGCGCCGGACCAAGUGCCCGUAGGAGAGCUGCCGCGACAUGUUCUCAUUUCCGCCGACCGGUACCUCACGAAUCGCGUUGUCCCUGGUUCGCGGUGCACAGUCAUGGGCAUCUUUUCCAUCUACCAGAACAAGGCAUCCAAAAACUCGUCCACGGCGGGAGCAGUCGCCAUCCGGACGCCGUACCUAAGAGCGGUAGGCAUCCAGACGGACCUGGACCAGACCGGCAAAGGCUCUGCCACUUUCUCCGAGGAGGAGGAACAAGAGUUUUUGGAGCUGAGCAGACGGCCAGACCUGUACAACAUCAUGACGGAUUGCAUUGCGCCAUCCAUCUACGGUAACAGAGACAUCAAGAAGUCCAUCCUGUGCCUUUUAUUAGGCGGUUCGAAAAAAAUUCUCCCCGACGGCAUGAAGUUGAGAGGCGACAUCAACGUGCUUCUUCUCGGCGACCCCGGUACCGCAAAGUCGCAGCUCUUGAAAUUCGUGGAAAAGGCAGCCCCCAUCUCCAUCUACACAUCCGGCAAGGGCUCGUCGGCCGCUGGUCUGACGGCAUCCGUUCACCGAGACCAGUCCACCAGGGAGUUCUACCUGGAAGGCGGGGCCAUGGUCCUGGCCGACGGAGGUGUUGUUUGCAUUGACGAGUUUGACAAGAUGAGGGACGAGGAUCGUGUCGCCAUCCACGAGGCCAUGGAGCAGCAGACCAUUUCCAUUGCCAAGGCCGGCAUCACCACGAUCCUAAACGCAAGAACCUCGGUGUUGGCUGCCGCCAACCCCAUCUUUGGUCGUUACGACGACAUGAAGACUCCUGGGGAGAAUAUCGACUUCCAAACCACCAUUUUAUCCCGUUUCGACAUGAUCUUCAUCGUCAAGGAUGAGCACACGAGGGAAAAGGACGAGAAAAUGGCCAGACACGUCAUGGGAAUCCACAUGGACGGUCGCGGAAGAGAGGAAGUUGCCGAAUCCGAGAUUCCCGUCGACAAGAUGCGAAGAUACAUCACGUAUUGCAGAACGCGAUGCGCACCGCGACUUAGCGCCGAGGCCGCCGAGAAGCUGUCCUCGCACUUUGUCUCCAUCCGACGGCAAGUGCACGCGGCCGAGAUUGAAGCCAACACCCGUUCGUCCAUCCCCAUCACCGUCCGCCAGCUGGAGGCUAUUGUGCGAAUCACCGAGUCUCUGGCCAAGUUGACGCUGUCGCCGAUUGCCACGGAGGAGCACGUCGACGAGGCCAUCCGACUGUUCCUGUGCUCCACCAUGGACGCCGUAAACCAGGGCAGCAACCAGGGCAGCCGCGAGCUGAAUGAGGAAGUGAACCGGCUGGAGGCCGAGCUCAAGCGUCGCCUGCCGAUUGGCUGGAGCACGAGCCUGGCGACGCUGAGGCGAGAAAUGGUAGAGGGCAAAGGCUACAGCGAGCAAGCGUUGAACAGGGCGCUGAUGGUGCUGCAAAGACGCGAUACCAUCAUGUUUCGCAACUCGGGCGCCCAGGUGUAUCGGCAUGGUGCUUGA